GAGGGGGAUAUAAAUCGAUAGGCAUACUAACCAAUAGCAUCUUUGAUAUGAUUUCCAACAUAUGCGAUAGGUUUGCAAUGUUUACAUGAACGUGACGCAAUAAUUCCACGUGUCCGCAAAAACAUACUAUGAAAUCAAUACUCUCCUGAGAGUGUCAGUCCAAAGUGAGGACUAUAAUCUUGAAAUCAGAUUACAAUAGCCAGCCGGCAGUGACCUCAAAGAGAGUUUCUCCUCAAUGCAACAUGUGGAGCAAGCACAUCGGUGGCAUUUGUUCAUUUCAAUUGGAGGAAGCAACCAAAAAGUGGAGGACUGAAAUGACUCGCAGACAACUUGUGAAUAGCAAUAGACUUUUAUCUCGCUGGGGCAAAUACUUCUCGAUUAGAUGUGAUUCUGCUCGACGAAAUUAUGUAAUAAAAUGCCUCAUAACCCGUGGGUUCAUAUUGUUUUCGGUUACGCAAUUGAAUUCGUAGCCUUAAACCCGAAGCGCUGACAGGCCAGUGUCAACUUAAGAAAAACGACCACCGUAGUCAUGGAUUUAAAACCUGAAAGCGUGACUCAUCUGUAACAAUAACCUGUUGCAGUUACUUCACUUUGCUGGUAGGAAGCUGUCACGACAUAUCAAUUGGUAAUAUUAGGAGGGUCGGUCGGGCGAGUGGCACCCAAAUCGGAAAGGGUCCGUUGAGAGGUCAUAAAAAGCACUUUUGGCCCACAAAAUGUCUUGUAGUCAUAAAGGUUGGUCUGCGUUCGUGCAAUGUUUCUGUAGAAAGUCAACUAUUGCUCUUGCAUGCAUACUACAUCCUCCUUUAAAGAUUGGUAACAGGCUCUCAGCGAUUUGUCAGGCAUAUGGCACAAUAUAUACCCUUAAAGACAAAAAAUGUAUGCCAUUUAUUUUUUUGUCCACUUUAAAUUCAUGCAUCCAAAACAGCCACCCUUCUCUCAAACCUACUUGUCUGACUUCCUUUAUUCCUUCCUUCCUUCCUUCACUUACAACUGUUUUAAUUCCUGCAUCCGUACAGCCUUCCUGUCAUCGCUUACACCUGCUUUUAUUACAUUUUUUAUUUUCCAUCCUUCUGUUCUUUGCUUAAAACAAAUUUUUGUAUGCCUUCCAUCCUUUGGUACCUGUCCGAUACUGCUUUAGAAUUCAAUGUCUUUGUUCCAGACUCAAAUUAUUGUGUAUACCUGUACUUUUCUUUUCAUGCACCGUGUGGAAGCGUCAAUAACUGCAAAAGCAAUACUUGCUCGGGCAAACGUCGCCGUCGUUUUGAGUGUUGUGGUCACACUCCUGCAAUGAAUUUCGCAACGUGGCGCCAGGGCGAUUCGUCUGGGGACAAAUGCGCAACUUGUCAAGACCCGCGUCGAGCUCAUACGUCUCCGUUUCCACUCGCUGAAGAGUUGACCCAAGGUGGACUGCCCUAUCCAAGGGACUGUCUCUUCUCAUUUUAGUGAGAAGGAGCGUUGGUGCUUGCGGGGGGGAGAUUUGUUUUCCUCUUAUCACCCGCCACAUGGUGGUCAGGGGUCCCAGGUCAACCACAGGGGCUCAGUGUCUCGUUUGACAUCUUGUAAGCACAGUGGGAUGUUUGCGCACACAGCUGCUUGGAACCUAGGCUUGUGCUACAAAUAAGCAAUAUAACACGGGAGGGAGUGAUGUUGUCCCGUGCAGUAUAUCAUCACAGCUGGGAUUCAGUCCUUCCCAGUUAAAAUGGAUAGUUGACUUCUAAAGCCGUCAAUGGCAGUGAAUGUGUCCACAGUAAUAAGAGACCCAAAAAAAUUGUAAUUUUCCUCUUGACUUAAUCAGUUAUUCGGCUUUGCCAACACAAAUAGCGGCCAACAGUGGCCGCAGAGUUGGCCAUGAGUUCGACAUGCUAACUAAUCCAAGCGUCAGCGUUGACAAAAGAAAAUGAAACCAAUGAAGCUUGUUUUACUGUUUCACUUUCAUGGAACAAGUUGGACAAUUAGUCCACUUCACAUACUUUGAUCAAAUGUUAUCUCUGGAAAGGUUUCUAACAACCCAGAGUAAUGUGAGAUAACCACUGACUCUUCACGUAGGCCAAAUUAACGGUUUAGAAAACCUGUGAGGCGGAGUGUUGUUGUACUUUAUAUCAUCACUCAUGGAAUGACACUUGUCCAAUCAAAUCCCUUGGCCCGAACUACCUGAUGCACAAACCCCGAUUCUAAUGAAGUUGGGAUGUUGUGCAAAACGUAAAUAUAAACAGAACACAAUGAUUUGCAAAUCCUUUCAAACCUAUAUCCAAUUGAGUACAACAUUUCAUGUUCAAACUGAUGAAAAAGGAUUUGCAAAUCAUUGUGUUCUGUUUUUAUUUGUUUUACACAACAUCCAAACUUCAUUGGAAUUGUGUUCUGUAUAAAUGUGUUUAGAGCGUGUAAGAGAGGUAAAACUAUUUUGAAAAUAAAAUGUUUUUCAUGCUCUCUCUAUAUUGUGGCUUUUCACCGAUAGUGGGUGGGUCUCCAAUGUGUCACCCAUGAUGAACGAGGUUCACUGUAUUCCUUUAAGAAUGCAUCGCUUAACGUCUCCUGGUGAACUUUAUGUAAAGGGAAUGUCUGAAAUAGAAGCUGUGUUUGCUUUUACAGCACCAUGCUUAUGCAUUUAUACAAGGCGCCACAGCAAAAUGAAUAGAAAAAGCAUUUCAAGUCAUUCUUCAACCCUCUUGACAGGCCAAGAAAAACAGGGCUGGGCUGCUGCGUGAGCCUCAGCGCAGCAAAAUGAAGCAGUCUGCCACCAUAAAUAAUACACAAUGUGACUUAUGCACAAGCGUGAACAUACGUUACAUAAUAGUUGACAAAGGAGACAUGACAAUCGCCAAAUCACACUAAGCCUGGAAAGAAUGAGCAGUUAUACGCGAGAUAGAAGAAUAUAGGCUAAACGUAUUAAUAUAAUCACAUUUAAAAGCAUAUAAGCAAAAAAAAAACCAAAAAAACAACAACAACAAAAUAAAACAAAACAAAAAAAAAGAGCAUAUGACACUAAAUUCUAAGAUUGUACUGUCACUGAGCAUUCAUCUACCUUUGCGCUGUAAUGUUAAACAAAUGAUCCAGGGACCAUCAGGAUCUCCUGGACUGAACCCUCUAGCCCUCCGAUUCCUCACUCGAAGCCUGCAGGCAAGGAAUUACAAAUAGAAGAAAACCGUCACUGUCAGCACGCAAAAGUUAGCGGAUCGAUGCAAAGAGAUAAGAAAGAGGAACAGUUCACAAACAAGGUUAGGACACAGCAGGUCCUCAUACAAAAGGCCAAGUUCAUGUGGCUACUGCCACUGUCAUGUGACACCAGUGGGGCUUUGUCGAGAUGUUUUGGCAUACACUUCGGUGUGGAUGCAUUCAUCAAAACGUACGCUGUAGUGACGUAAGAAGUCAGUUGAGAGAUUCCUCCCAGGUGGGAACACCGACAGACGAGGUGGACGCGUGCAGAUCGUGAGCUCUGCCUCGGCUUUGUGUUUGCGGAGCUCCUUUUUGGAGACGUGGCACUCGGAAAUUCGGACAGACAGACACAAAUAAAUGGGGGCUGCAUGACUCAGCCAGAUGUGUUGAAACAAAAAGUGCUCACUGUAUAGCGAGUCCAGCUUGACUUUGAUUCAAAGUAGCAUGAGCAACAAUUCACUUUUUCUUUUUCUUUUUUCUUUUUUGCUCCUGGACUCCCCCUGCGGAAUUUACUAGCUACUUGGUAAAUACUGUACAAGCAACAGUAAACAUGGCUCAACAUUAGCAAAAGUAGCAUAAACUAGGGGUCGCACAACUAAAGAUGUUUUGUAGUCGAUGCUAAUGCGAUGAAAGUCGAGUUGAAGUCGCUUCAUCAAUUAGGUCAUUGUUAUUUGUCAGCAAAGUAUAGCAGUUUCCAACGUGCUUUGUGUUUUUAUUGUAUUUGAGGACUGACUUGUAUAUUUUGUAAGUGACCGUUUUACUCGUCUCAUUUUUUGGUCAAAUGUGACGCCGGUAUGGUAACGCGAGUUAUAAGCGACACAAGUGUAUGAUGUUGCUCCGUGUUGUAUCGUACAACUUCAACGAUGGAUAAAUCUCUCGUCAGCACACAGAUGUUGUCUGCGCAGUACUGGAGAUAGCAUUUUGGCAACAAAGACGGAGCUUCAAUUCACGACGCUGCCCUCAUUCCUUGUCGCCGAGACUACAUUAGCUGAAGCUUGUGACCGAAAUGUGAUCAUCGUAUUUCCUUGAUCGACUGUGGGGAGGAAAAGAAAAAAACAUCAUCUCAUAUGCAAAUGGUCCCUCAGUAUACAGUAUAAGGACCAGAAAAAUUCCAAAAAGGAGCUUUUAUCAAUCCCGAUCUCUUCGCUCGCUUAUGUCAUAGUCGGAUCAUGCUGUUAUGUCAUACGGAAAUAGCAGCGGGUUACUUGCGAAGCACAUUCAAGGAACAUGGGAGCUUGACAUAUACGUUGUCUCAGACCUGUGAAAUUCUUAGAGGCCCCGCGGGCACUGUCAAGUCUUCGAUAGCGCUCUCAAGGAUUUUAACAGCCUACUGAAGAAUUAUUCCCAAACUCAAGUUCCCUUCUUUUUUAAAAUCCUGUAUACCAUUUCUAUUAUAUUUAUUGCAUCUGGGUGGAUUUUCCGUCAUGAUCGCAAGACAUGUCAUGUGAGUCACCAGUGGACAGCCUGUACAACCCGUUGAGACGUGUUUAGGCUUAAUUUAGCCCUUUCAAAUUCCAGCUUUUAAUGAUCACUGUGGACACAUGGUUGCGGGAGGGCCUGUCUCAUUCACCUGAGUCCAGGAAUGACUCGAGUGCGUCAUGCUGGAGAUGUAUUGAUGAAAAAGGGAAGGUAAAUAGCCCUUUGCUAUCGACGAUGGCACAAACAUGUCCCACUUGGCCUCUCGAUGACGGAUGGGGGGGGGGGGGGGGGAAGCCACAUCGCGUAAAAUGGGUCAAGCAAUUCCCUAGAAAAGUUUGUUUAGAAUGAGGUGAAUUGAAUUCAGACAUUCAGCUACUCUUGUAAAAAUGAGCAAAUGAAAGUAAAGUAACACUAUAGGUGGCAAGUACUGUAGACUAUUGGUCGGAGACAGCUGGUUAGCUUCUGCAAAAAUAAAGAAAUAAAUAAAAUUAAAAAAGGAGACGCGGCGGAGUCGCAUUCAAAGAGUCUGCUUGUCCUGUUUACACAGAACUUAUCAAGGGUGGUAAAUUCCAUGGUGGUGUGUGAAUAUAUAUAGCAAUAUGGCGUUUCAUAACAGGGGUGUGUCAACACAGGUGACGGUGCGGCGACGCCAGCAGCUGUCCUAAUUGCUAGGAAACGGAUCUUCGCCUGUAUGAGUGUCGUCGUCGUCGUCGUUGUUGUUUUUAACAUGGUUACAUCACAGCUUCAUUUUCAAUUUCCGUUGUCAAAGCUGGAGAAGAGUACCUAAAUAAUGAAUGUGUAGCAUUCCCAGGCGCUCGUAUUGUCAGUCAGUAUUUUGCACUUUAUGGCACCUUGUCCAUCCCCCAAACCCCCCUCCAGCUUUCUGGUCACAGGUGAUUGGCUGAGCAUUUGUUGAAGUUAUCUAAGGAAUCUUGGUGGACUGACUUUGGGUGUGAAUUGCUGCCGUGCGUCACUCGAACGACUACUUUGGUAAUAUACUCCCGCACCAGGAUAUGUGUUAGGAGGUUAAUCAUGCGGUUUUUGCUCACUUAGCGCAAUGAGAGCCUCAAUUGAUGUUUUUCCGAGCAAUAUUUCUAGGCUGCCAAACUGAAACAAGGCAAGGCAAAAGGUAGUCACUAAAUGGAUCAAAUACAAAAGUUUUUUGUUGAGACUUUCCAUAUUGCGGAAUUUUACUUUUUGCGCGUAGGCCUGGAACGUAUCCCUGCGAUGAAAUGGGGGUUCGACGUUAGGCUUAAAACCCACAAGUCCAAUUGAGGAUUCUCAAAGUUGACUGAAGUGGAGUCUGUCUGUUUGAACAUUACGAAGCCACGAGAUAAUGCCUCAUCCCUGACAUGUACACAACCUCGGGCACAGUGACAUCCCCCAACGCUGCGCUCUGAUUGGCAGAGCGGCGGCACAGCCUACCGUGGCUAGGACCAAGCAGUGCAGCUACCCAUGCGUGUGUAGGGACCAUCACUUGUGUGUGUGUGUGUGUGUGUGUGUGCAUGUGUGAUCACUUAGCUAGUUUGCAAAGGAAGGUCAUGUGACUUGUCAUGUGAUCACUUUAUGACGUGAUAUUGAAUUUUACCAGUAGCAGACAUGACAGAGCUCAUGAGUGUGUGAUGCUGCCCGAUGCAUAGGAUAAUACAAAAAUGAUAUUGUGUAGAAGUAUGGUGUGUGAGUGUGUGUGUGUGUGUGUGUGUGUUUGGAGCAGGGGUGGGAUGGUGGGGGGUAUGAGUGCGCUCAAAAGGAGAGCCCUGUCCUGAUUGGGUGACUGAGGUACUCCCUCCCCCCUUUUUAAAGCCUCCUUUCUCACCUGAGUUACAAAACAGUCGCAGCUCCUUGAUCCUUCACUUCGCAGUUACCGUCCGAGAAAAGAGGAGCGCACAAGAUUUAUUUUUCGUAGGAAUCUUCUGCCUAAUCUUGGUGAAAUCAUUUUUGGUUGGUUGGCUGAUGCAAGACUUUGCUGAAGCGGAGGAGGAGAAAUACGGAUCACAUAGUAUUGGGGAAAAUCACCCCAGGAGAAGUUCAAGGACCACAUUGCUGUUAAAGUGAGCAUUCGAAAACUCAUUCCGUUGUGAACAACUAUGGUGGAUCGGAUGGAGCUUAGGAAAGUCGCCGCGGAGGCUGACGACGACAGCACGGACAGUUUGGACGACCGUUUCACUGAGACCAUCGAUUCCGAAAAGGCCACCAUCAACAGUCAGUACCUGGAUGACAUCGACGAUGGAGAGAGCCAGAAGUUCCUGACCAACGGGAUGAUGAAGAAGAAGAAAUAUGAAGAGUACCAUGAAGAAUAUCAUCCGGGCCAUACAUCCUUUGGAAUGUCAGUAUUUAACUUAAGCAAUGCCAUAAUGGGCAGCGGGAUCCUGGGCCUGUCCUACGCCAUGGCCAACACAGGGAUUAUACUGUUUACACUCCUCCUCAUUGCCGUUGCCAUCCUCUCCUUGUAUUCUGUGCAUCUGCUCCUGAUGACAGCUAAAGAAGGAGGAUCCCUCAUCUAUGAGAAACUGGGAGAAAGGGCAUUUGGUUGGCCUGGCAAAAUAGCAGCGUUUGGAUCCAUUAUAAUGCAAAACAUAGGAGCCAUGUCGAGCUACCUCUUUAUUGUGAAAUAUGAACUGCCGGAAGUGAUUCGGGCAUUCUUGGGUUUAGAAGAAAGUACCGGUGAAUGGUACCUGAAUGGAAACUACCUGGUGAUAUUUGUGUCCAUUGGGAUUAUUUUCCCCUUGUCGCUGCUUAAAAACCUGGGUUAUCUGGGCUACACGAGUGGUUUUUCUCUUUCCUGCAUGGUGUUCUUCCUGGGAGUCGUGAUCUACAAGAAAACCCAGCUACCAUGCCCUCUUCCGUUUCUGGACCACCCGUCGGCCAACCUAAGCACGAACGCCUCACACAUGCCGGGCGUGUACGCGUUACACAACCGUUCGGAGCAGAUGGACUUCUCCCGAGCGGACGUGUCUCCGGCUGUAACGGACACCAACGCCGCUCACGCCUCCGCCGGCGUCCACGUCGAGCCGCACCGCGACGACGAGGACACGUGCACGCCCAAAUACUUCAUCUUCAACUCACAGACGGCGUACACCGUGCCCAUCCUGGCCUUUGCCUUUGUGUGCCACCCUGAGGUGCUGCCCAUCUACAGUGAGCUGAAAGAUCGCAGCAGGAAGAAGAUGCAGAAUGUCUCCAACCUGUCCAUCUUGGCUAUGCUCAUCAUGUACAUGAUGUCAGCACUAUUCGGCUACCUCACCUUUUAUGAAAAUGUGGAGGCGGAGCUGCUUCACACGUUCACCAAGGUUUACAAGUUUGACACCCUGCUACAACUGGUGCGUUUGGCUGUCCUCACUGCAGUCACGCUGACUGUCCCCAUUGUGCUCUUCCCUAUCCGUUCCUCCAUCACUACCUUGCUGUUCAGUGGCCGAAGUUUCAGCUGGCCUCGCCACAUGCUCAUCGCCGCCUGCAUCUUGUUCUUCAACAACAUGUUAGUCAUCUUUGUCCCGACCAUCAGAGACAUUUUUGGCUUCAUUGGUUCGUCGGCAGCCACCAUGCUCAUCUUUAUCCUCCCUGCCGCCUUUUACCUCCGCCUGGUGAAGACGGUACCGCUUCGCUCCCCUCAAAAGAUCGGGGCGGCCGUCUUUCUGGUCGUGGGAAUCGUCUUCAUGAUUGGCAGCCUGUCACUCAUCGUUCUCGACUGGAUCCACAAUCCACCAGGUUCCAGCGGGGGGCACUAAGCACACCCCGUCUCCGACCUCCCUGGAGCAACAUCUGGGAAGACGCUUCAGUCCCUCCUUAAGCAUAGAUUUACCACAAUAGCUGGACAUAUCAAGAUGUUCUUCAGACUUUUCAUGGGUUUUGCUGUAUUUUUGUAGGUUUUUCUUUUUAAAAAAGCUCUGGAAGUGCGAGAGGCAAGCAGACGCUCGAAAGCAUCAUCGUCACUGCUAUUUCCGAGCCGCGAAGAGUUUGAACGAACACACAUUUGUCACCUCCCGAACGGCCUUGCGCAGGGCGGCGAAGGCAAGCCCCUUUUUGCGCACUAAAAUGUGACAUUUGGGGUCGGAGUCUGCGGCCCUCCCGGACAACACGGAGCACUUCUUUUGCAUCACUUUGUGGCGUAUGACUAACACGUGUACACUCGCAGCCAGUCAGUGUCAUUUGCUGCUCUCUUCAAUGUGAACAAUCGAGGAACGAGGCUUGUCUGCAUGCACGUCCAGUAACAAUAACGCUAAAUCGACUGGUUUUAGCUUCACGCAAUCAACCAGCCCGAAGCUGUAUCUCUAACGACAUGAAGCAUUGGAGAUUUUUCCAGUAUUACAAUCACAAGGAGGUAUAUGUAUAUAAUUGUCUACUGAAUAAGUGAAUGUUGUACAUAAUACGGAGAAUCUGCUUCAGGCACUUGAUGUAUGGCUGGUCAACUAGAAAAAGCAUGUUAUUUUUUUUGUCAACAAUUGACAACUGAAAUGUUGUUGUUUUUUUAAGAUGCAGUACACAACACAGGCUCAAUCAUGACAGUGAGUAUUACAGUAGUAAAAUAUUUGCAACUCGUGCCAUAUGCUCAUGAAGGUGAAGUCAUACCGCAAAGAAUACUGUCGAACACAUUUUGAUACCAUGCCAAGUAUAUGACCCGUUUGUAAAAGGUCAAACAAGUUCAAUGUGCUUUUAACAUUAAUCUGUUACAUUCACAUCAAGGUUUAGUCAAUCGAUUAUUUUCUGUAUAAAAGUAAAAAUAAUUGGGCACGUCCACAAAUGUACUGGUGCCUUCACUGAAAUAAUCAGCAUUUUUAACCUCACUACUGUGGUUCAUCUUUUUAACUUGUGCCUUUCCAGACAUGAAUUGGCUUUUAUUUUCUGGUGCCUUUAAUAAGAACAUGAAUGAUGACAUUAAAUUCUCCUCUCUGUGUCGGAUGCCGCCAAAGUGGACAACAUUUACGGAUUCUUUGUGGAUCUAAAUACAUGAAGCAUAUAGAUAUUUCAGAUGAAAUAGUGUUUAUGGGCAUGCUUCUUUUUGGGGGAUGACACAAAGUCUUUUUGGACAAUUGUAUAUGCUCUGUAAAUAGUCUUUAUUUUAUUGUACACCGGUUUUCAUUGUCUGCAGGUGCAUUGUUGAGAGUACUUUCUGCAAUCCAAUGUUUGUUUUAGUAUAUAUAUAUAUAUAUAUAUAUAUAUAUAUAUAUAUAUAUAUAUAUAUAUAUAAAUAAAUAUAAAUAUGUAUAACAUGCAUUUCUUUCUUGCUGUAUGACAGUAGUUUUUUUCCCUCUUUUAUUGUACAUUUGUAAGAAUAUUUUUCAUGCCCAUUUUCACGUUGUUAGACGAGUCACACCAGAAUGAUUGUAAGAGGUUUUCACAAAACAUCACGCAGUCUGUAGCUUAUUAUCUCUUGCUGGCCAACACUGGGUUCAAGAUCAGGCUACCUGUGAGCAAUACUGAGGCGGAACAACAACAAGAAAACAUCCACGUUCUAUCUGGCUGCGACAGGACAAUCAAUGCUCUGACCUCACUGUGAAUCAACCGCUGCCACAGACACACUUGGGGGAGGUCUUACUUGAACCUUGGAAAGCUUUUCAAAGGCCUUUUAAAAUCAAAGAGCAUCGUGACCGAAUGUUCCGAUUUGUAGGUACAAUCUCCUCAUUCACAUUAUGAAUGUUUGCCACCCGUGUCCACCGUUUGCAUUUCUUCUUUUCACCCCACAUUGGGUUUUUACCUUGCAGCCACACAUCUGCUCCGCCAACGUAUCUCAGGUCUUGUAUAAGUCUCCAUCCGUCUUUGUCUUGAAAUCAACUCGUUUGCAUGAUUUGAGCCAAGCUGCUGCCCGUGAUUGAGUGGUCCUAGUGCUUUGUUUGAAAAAAUAAAAUAAAAAAUGUACAGAACCGCUCCCUGGUGAGCGAUGGAGGAGCACCGACCCAGUACUGACCACAGUGCAUCACGCACCCUGUGGAAUUAGGACUGAAACUAACACAUUUGUAAUUGUACCCAUUCAAAGGGCAUGUUUUUGUAUCCGUGGUGCUCUUUCAUGAUGUUGAAGAAUAAAAAUGUG